CAUAGCAACAUCAUUGUUGAAUCAAUGUAACCUGCUUUUUCUGUUGUCAGAAUAUAAUUUAAAAGUCGUGUAUUAUCCAUUCAGCAUGACAACUUUCGAUGAUUUGCAAAAAAUCGAUCAAGUGGAGUCCUACUCUUACAGAAACUGUGGGAAAGAGUCUCUUUUAGCGAAAUAUAGUAUUCCUCUACAGCAUCUCGACUUUAAGUAUGUAGCAACAACUAAGGACGCCAACGAAUUAGAAAAAAUGGUAGAGAUUUUAAGAUCAGGACAAGAGGGGCAUUAUCCGGAAUUAUUAAGAUCAACAGAAGAUCAUUUGAGAAUACUAAAGCCGAAUAGCAGACUCCUGAGACAAACAUCGCGAGUGUUAAGCAAACAGGAUCUAAAACAAGAAGAAAUUGACGAAAUCGCCAAUGAGCUACAGAAAUUUGUAACCGAAAUUUCUAGAAGUAGUAAAUCUUUGGAGGAGAGUAGACCUGAGAAAAUCAGAUGCGACGUGAAAGUCCGUCAAUACGAACCGCAACCAGAACCAUUAAAUCUUGUGAAGAAUGAAAAGCGAAUUGCAGCCACUGAUUAUCAGGCUUGGGACAAGUAUGAUCCAGAUGUUGAACUGUUGAAACAGGAACUGGAGCAAGAUAAAAUACGCAAACAAGCUGAAAAGGCCCAGCAAGCAGUCGAGAAAGUAAACGAAGAAGCUGAAAAAUAUGUGUAUGCAGGCACCAGCUGCCAGCCGACCAAUCAGUUUGUUAUGAGCAGUCUCAGCAGUAAACAGAAGAAAAAACUUAAAAAAACUGUAUGUUUUAACCAGUAUCCUACCGAAGCUGAGGCCAUUUACCAUUCGAACAGAGAACUAGAAAAGGGCCGCGAAUUCUUCAAAAGUGCUGAUUAUGAACUGGCCCUCAAAUGCUUCACCAGCAGCAUCAUGAGCAAAUCUACUGCCAUCAACUUGAAUAAUCGAGCCCUCACUUACUUAAAACUGAAGAGAUUUGAGGAAGCUUUGAGAGAUGUGGAGAAAGUUCUAACGAUGGAUGGGAAGAACUUGAAGGCCUUGCUAAGGAAAGCACAAUCUUUAGAAGGUCUCAAAAAAUACGAAGAAGCUUUAGAUUGUGUGGACUUAGUAAUUGAAAGGGAUCCAAACAACCACAUUGCUCAGGAGCUCGCAGAAAGAGUGAGACAAUUUUGCAGAAACAUGUUGAAGAACACAAGAAUGAAAAUAGUUGAAAUUCAAUAAGUGCAUUCGAUUGACAUGAUUGGUUGAAUAUCCCAGAAGAGUUUAUAGGUUUAGUUCAUUUAAUUAUCUAUGAAUAAAAUACACUUAACAUGG